AUGGCUACUUUCACUAGAUUCCCAACUCCUGUUUUCAAGGCUUACUGGCCAUUCUUCACCGGUGCCGUCGUCACCACCUACUUGAUUGCCAAGGCUGCUGACCUCAGCAUGAACUCCCAGGAAUUCAUCAACGACCCAAGACACCCAAGAUUUGCCCAGGGUGUCAAGCCAGCUGAGAAAUAG